GUUCUUGUGCUUAUCUGUUGUGUGUGAUAGAAAUAAAACAAGUUGUGGUUAAUUUUCUUUAUUGUAAAUUAUUUCCCACAUCCUGUGAUGUACUGGUCAGUCUGAUGUGUGUCACCUUUGAGCUGCAUUAAGUAGGCGCAGUUGGUGUGGUGCAAAGUAGCAGAUCAGUUGCUUUAACUUUAUCUUCUCUGAAGUCAUAGUGAGAAGGGAAUAUCUGGCUAACCAGACGGUGACUCUCAAUGGACAUUCUGAAUCUGUGAGCUGACAGGUUUCUGGACAGAUGCAUAGAGCCGAGAACAGUUCACCCUGAUCUUUCCUGAAAGAUGUAUGAAACACAGGCAGCUCUGGUUACUCUCCUCCCCCUCCUCCUUUUCAAACUGUUUCAAGUGGUAGGUGAUGUAACUGUUAAUUGUACGGUUGAAGUUCAAGUUCCAAGAAAUUGCCAAUAUCAGAGCAAACCUGGGGACUCCCUGAGUAUAGAGUGUCCAGUAAAGUACUGCACAGAAAAGCCAGCCAUAAAGUGGUGCUUGAUACAGGGGAUGAGGUGCCUACUUCUGAAAGAUGGGCCAACAAGAUGCUCAGUGUGGAGAGAGGGGAAUGUGGCUGUUCUGAACUUUAUGUCGAUUCAUCAGAGUAACAGUGGAUUGUAUCGUUGCCGAGCUGUUGUGGGCAGCCUGAGCCAUGAGAGCCAUGCAAUAAGGGUUAUUGUUAGAGAAACCACUGACUUCAUUCCCAUGAGUCGUGAGCCCCAGGUCCUGCCGGGCAACCUGGCUGAUAAUGUCGUGGUGUCUUCAGUGACUGGUUACAGGGCUGUGCUGAGUUGCUCUAAUAUGUCACUAGUGAAUCUUAUCUCAGCAGUAUGGAAGAUAAGACUAAGGGAUGGAGCUUGCUGUUUAUUAGCAUACAGGGCUGAUUUAAAUAAAACUGUCAGAACAAAUUGCAGUGAGAGGAUGGACUGGGCAGCUCGACCUGAUCAUGACCCCACCCUUCAGAUUCACCCUGUGAGACUCUCUGAUGAAGGAUAUUACAUGUGUGAAAUUGCAAACAUUGAUGGAAGUCUCCAUCAGAACUACACUCUGAGUGUGUUAGUCCCUCCGGAGGUGACUCUGACCCUUGACAUCAGUGGGACUCCUUUGUGCAAAGCUUCUGCAGGGAAACCAGCUGCACAGAUCUCCUGGCUCCCAGCUGGAGACCAUAACACUGAACAUGGAAUUCAUACCAAUGGGACAGUGACUGUUCUCAGUACAUACAGGGUCAACAACCUCAGUAAGAAGAAAAGUAUCUGCUUUGUCUCACAUCUAACUGGGAACAAGAGCCAGUCCAUUAAACUCCCAUCAGAGCACGAGGGAUUUUCCCUUCUACUUCACUAUCUCCUGACAGGCAGCACCAUUUCCUGUGUCAUUAUUGUGACUAUUUUAUACUGUACUUUACAACACAGAGGCUGUUUCCAAGGUUCCCUGUUCCAUUGCAACUUUCCAACUGUCUCAACACCUGAAGAUGUAUCAGGAAGUAUUUCUAAUGAUAUCCCACCAUCAACCUCAGCCUGGACCAGUCCACACAAGAGAUCCACUUCCUGGACUCUACAGUGCUAAUAAGCGAUGGUCACAUAAACACCACCACCGGAAACCUACUGACCGCUAUUC